UUAGUGGAACCACCGGAGCACGGUGAGCUCCUCAAGGAAGGGCAGCCGAUAAAUCAAUUCACUUACAGCGAUGUGUUGGCCAGCAGGGUGCGCUACCGACACGAUAACAGCGAAACAACUGUUGAUAACAUUGAUCUAGAGGUUGAAAUUCUAUCAAAAAGGACCGAUGAUGAAGCGCCGAAACUGCGAAGUACUAUCUACAGUAUACCGGUACGGAUAAAUCCAGUGAAUGAUGCGCCCAAUUUGAAACCUGGAAUUAAUCCAGAGGCGCUUCUCAUUUCCGGUGAAUCAAAGUGA